UUCCGUUGGUCGGUCCUUCCUUCCUGCUUCGCCUCCGCGCCUCGUGCUAUGGGACAGAGCCCCCGAUCAGCCAGCACCACCUGAGGAUCCGGAAACCGCCCCAGCGAUGGAAGAGGAUCAGGAGCUGGAGAGAAAAAUAUCUGGAUUGAAGACCUCAAUGGCUGAAGGCGAGAGGAAGACAGUCCUGGAAAUGGUCCAGGCAGCUGGAACAGAUAGACACUGUGUGACAUUUGUAUUGCACGAGGAAGACCAUACCCUAGGAAAUUCUCUACGUUACAUGAUCAUGAAGAACCCGGAAGUGGAAUUUUGUGGUUACACUACGACCCAUCCUUCAGAGAGCAAAAUUAAUUUACGCAUUCAGACUCGAGGUACCCUUCCAGCUGUUGAGCCAUUUCAGAGAGGCCUGAAUGAGCUCAUGAAUGUCUGCCAACAUGUGCUUGACAAGUUUGAGGCCAGCAUAAAGGACUAUAAGGAUCAAAAAGCAAGCAGAAAUGAAUCCACAUUCUAGUCCUUUAUGCAGUAUACAAGAACUUUCCUGUAGGAUAUUCUCUUCCUGAUGGUGCAGAACCCAGAAUUAGAAGUUUGUGGUUACAGCAUACUCUGUCCUUCAGAAAGGCAUGAUUCUAGCUGUUGACCCCUUGUAGCUAUUGGAAUCUCUGCAAGAACCUCUGUAUUCUUCUAAUAAAUUUCCUCUUUUAUUUAAA